CACUACCAAAUUUGGGCAUCGCGGGGCGUGGGGCAUUUUUCUCAGUAACUGUUUCACCCCACUGUUAAAGCAAGUCCUAAUGAACAAGCUUGUAGACACAGAACCCGGACCUUUAUACGUAAAGGUAUAGGUGUACGUUCCAAACUGCCAAGGAUCAACACGACGCACCCACUCGAAACACCCUCCCAAGGCCGCGCAUCGGCCAAUCACGCUCAGCCUUCUCCUACCGCCGUCGCUUCAAACCGGUAACCCCCCCCCCCGCCAGCGCCAUGCCAUUGAUCUUUGUCCCCAUGUCCCAGUUGCUAUGGGCACGCGUGGCCGCACUGCUGUGCACCUGCACGGCGUUCAGCGCGGCCGCCCAUGGCGGCUCCCUCCCCAGCCACGUCAUCACCGACUGGUGCAUCUUCUGCUGGGCCUUCGGCUUCGCCUUCACCCUGCUGGUCCUGCUGGCCGAGGCUUUCGGCUUCCAGGCCCGGGUGCCCGUCUCCUGGAACAACUUCCCCAUCACGGUGGCCUCCUACUCCGCGCACCUCUGCCUCGCCGCCUCCAUCCUCUUCCCGCUGACGUUCCUCCGGGGCCAGACAAACAACAUGUCUAGCGAGGUGAAGGGCCACCGGGUGGCCUCCACCGUCUUCUCCUGCCUGGCCACGCUGGCCUACGUGCUGGAGGUGAGCCUGACCAAGGCCCGGCCCGGGGAGGUGGCGGGCUACAUGGCCACGGCGCCGGGCCUGCUCAAGGUGUGCCAGACGACGGUGGCGUGCGUGAUCUUCAUCUAUGUGAGCAGCCCGGUGACGUACGACUCCCACCCGGCGCUGGAGUGGUGCAUGGCGGUCUACUGCAUCUGUUUCAUCCUGUCCAUGGCCGUGGUGCUGAUGUGUGUCGGCGGCUGCACCGGCUACCUGCCCGUGCCCCUGCCCAAGUUCCUGUCUGUGUACGCGCUGCUGGCGGUGGCCAUGUACCUGACCGCCACUAUCCUGUGGCCCGUGUUCCAGUUUUCCAAGGCGAACCGCAACCGGAACCGGAAUUCCCGCACCGAUCUGAUCGUCGUGGCCGUGCUGACGGCCGUCAACUUCCUGCUGUACCUGGCCGACCUGGCGUACUCUGCCCGCCUGGUGUUUGUCAGUGUUAUUUAAAAGAUGUAUGCAUAAAGUUGGGAGAGCGUGCAACCGUUGACCAAGGCAUGACAAUGUGCUGUUGCACCGUAAGAUAUGCCAAAGCAUCUGAACAUAGGCCUGCAUCGCUCUAUGAGUUGUUCAGAGUUAUACUGAGUCGUGAAACCAACAUUUAAAAGGUCACUGCCAAGCAAUUUGAAUGUCCCUGAUUUCCUGCUUGAAUUUCCCUGAAAUCUGCUUUUGUUAAAUAGUGUUGUUUUAUAUGUGAGCCGUUGCGCAUCAUUUUGAAAGCUCUUUAUUU